AUGAUGGCGGCGGUGGGAGAUGGGGGAGGGGUGGGCGGGGCCGGGGGCGCUCUCCGCGCUCCUCCGCCACCGCCGCCCGUGCAGAGCCGCCGCUUCCGGAAGUGCCGCCGUCACGUGAGCAAGGCUGCCGGGAAGGCCACGCCUCUUCCGCCUUAUGGCAGCGCGGCCUCCGCCCUGCGUUCGGCUAUGCGCAUGCGCAAUCGGAAGCGGGCGGAGAAGGGGCGGAAGUGGGUGGAGCGCGAGGAGGAAGCGCUCUGGGCGCCGAGCGGAAGUGGCGCACUGCACCCGGAAGCGGCCUGCGGGGAGAUGGCGGAGGCGGCCGAGGUGUCGGAGGGCUGCCGCCUGCCCGUGCUGCGCCGUAACCAGGACAACGAGGAUGAGUGGCCGUUGGCCGAGAUCCUGAGCGUGAAGGACAUCAGCGGCCGCCGCCUCUUCUACGUCCAUUAUAUCGACUUUAAUAAACGUCUGGACGAAUGGGUGACCCCCGAACGCCUGGACCUGCAGCGGGUGCAGGGACCCCGCAAAGAAGCCAAGACCCCCACCAAGAACGGCCUGCCCGGCUCCCGGCCCGACUCACCCGAACGUGACCCGAAGCGUAAAGUGGAGGUGGUCUCACCUGCCACCCCCGUCCCCGCGGCCACCGAAACCUCGCAGGCAUCCGUCUUCCCCCAGAACGGCUCAGCACGCCGCGCCGUGGCCGCCCAACCGGGGCGUAAGAGGAAAUCAGCGUGCCUGGGGACUGAUGAGGACUCCCAGGACUCCUCGGAUGGUGCUCCCUCUGCCCCCCGCAUGACGGGCAGCCUGGUGUCGGACCGCAGCCACGACGACAUCGUCACCAGGAUGAAGAACAUCGAAUGCAUCGAGCUGGGCAGGCACCGCCUCAAGCCCUGGUAUUUCUCACCUUACCCCCAGGAGCUGACGGCUCUGCCCGUCCUCUACCUCUGUGAGUUCUGCCUCAAGUACGGCCACAGCCUGCGCUGCCUCCAGAGGCAUUUGACCAAAUGUGACCUCCGGCACCCCCCGGGCAAUGAAAUCUAUCGCAAAGGCACCAUUUCCUUUUUCGAGAUCGAUGGCCGCAAAAACAAGAGUUACUCACAGAACCUGUGCCUGUUGGCCAAGUGCUUCCUGGACCACAAAACACUUUACUACGACACCGAUCCUUUCCUCUUCUAUGUCAUGACUGAGUACGACUGCAAGGGCUUCCACAUCGUUGGCUAUUUCUCCAAGGAGAAAGAAUCGACAGAGGAUUACAACGUGGCGUGCAUCCUGACACUGCCCCCCUACCAGCGUCGGGGUUAUGGCAAGCUGCUCAUCGAGUUCAGUUAUGAGCUGUCCAAAGUGGAGGGGAAGACGGGGACCCCCGAGAAGCCACUGUCAGACCUGGGGCUGCUGUCGUACCGCAGCUAUUGGUCACAAACCAUCCUGGAGAUCCUGAUGGGGCUGAAGGCUGAGGGGGGGGAGCGACCCCAGAUCACCAUCAAUGAGAUCAGCGAGAUCACCAGCAUCAAAAAGGAGGACGUUAUCUCCACGCUGCAGUACCUCAACCUCAUCAACUACUACAAGGGCCAAUACAUCCUGACGCUGUCGGGGGACAUCGUGGAGGGCCACGAGCGCGCCAUGCUGAAGCGGGUGCUGCGCAUCGACGCCAAGUGCCUCCAUUUCACCCCCAAGGACUGGAGCAAGAGGGGCAAGUGGUGAGGCCACGCCCCCUCCCACCCUCCAGGCCACGCCCCCUGGGUCCUUCAAGCCACGCCCACCCACCCCUCCCCCACCGACCGCUCAUUAAACGCCAUCGGUGGACGCAGAGGGUGGA